GCCACUCACGGCAUUACCAACCCGUCGAUUGAACCGGCGCCGACCCCACGGCACGAUGGUGCAGACGUUAGGGGAGGCGGUUGCGCUGGGCGUGGAGACUGUGUCGUCCAUUCGGUUGAAGAAUGCGACUUGGAUCAACAACACGUUUGUCACCGAUAUCAACGAGUUCCAGCGCAGCAACAUGUCCGCUGGCACGGUUGGUGAAAUUGCCGAGAAAGCGUGCGCGCUGUUGGACCAGAACCAAGAGUGCUUCACGGCAAACUGGGAGCUCAUAUGGAUGCAGUUCCGAUAUUGGCUAUAUCUGCAGACGCCGAUCUUUGCCGUGUCGGUGCUCUUUGAAUGGCUUGAGAUGUCACGGAACCCGUACGUCGAGAAGCUUCGGCGCGUUGCGUCAUAUAGUGCCCACGCAGGUGCAGGACUUCAACUCAUUGCAUCGCUGUUUUCUUGCGGAGCGUGGAUCGUUCGCGCUGGCGCCAUGAAACUGAACCCAGCAACUUGGACGAUCGAGUCGCUCCUGUUGACGUUUUGCGCGUUUAGCUAUUCGCUGCGGUGGAUUUCGGCCUCAAACAAGGUGUAUCACUGCCUCCAGCUGAACAACCUCUUCGACUUGCUCUCGAUCACGUCGCAUUUUGCACUGGGCACAUCUGUGGCUGUCGGCAAACUCCGCUACUCGUGGCUCAACUUUGCAUUUCUUCGGUCCUACAUCAUCUACCAUGUUCUCGCGACUGUGUUUGACCGCUACAAGUCGAGCUAUUCCAUGCAGCUUGGUCGGAUCCUCGUCAAGACGGCAUGCCUUAUCUUCUUUUCGGCGGCUGUAUUGUACUCGCUGGAAUACCUUGGCGAGAUGCCCGACACGAACUCGUUCUUGGUCCAUGUCUACAUGUGCCCGACGCCUGCCGGCGACCUCAUCCCAUCCAACAACACGGACGGGUUCGAGUCGGGGCUGUGCACCGAGCGCAUGAGCCUUUUCACAUCGCUCUACUUUAUGCUUGUGACAGUGUCGACGGUCGGCUACGGCGACAUCACACCCAAGACCGUGCUCGGUCGAUUUCUUGUACUCUUUUUCAUCCCCGCGGGCAUUUACUAUUUUGCCGCGGAAACGGCCCACCUCGUCGCUAUAUUCGAAGACCGACGGCUUGGCCGGCGCCAGUAUGCUCUCAAGCGGUUCACGCCGCACGUCGUGCUCACAGGAAACCCUUCUGCGGUCCAAGUGCUUGAUUUUCUCCGCGAAUUCUUCCACCCCGACCACGAUCAACAUUUGUCCAAGUCUGCGUCCGACCAACUAAGUCCCCAACCGUCGGGCCCGACGAGACGACAGCGCCACGCCGCCGCCCGCACGCGUCACAUAGAACUCGUGGUGCUCGUGGAAUUCCAUGGGAAUGUCGAAGCCGAGGCUGCUUUCCACCGAGUCGUAUUGGACUACAUCGACGCCAAUCCACACAUCCACGGCAAAGUGACGCUUCUGUCGGGGUCCCCGCUUUCCGACACGGACCUCCGCCGCGCCAAAAUUCGCGCCGCGACCGCCAUUUUCUUUCUCCCGAACAAGUAUGCCAAGCUCGCGAAUGAAGAAGACGCGGCCAACGUUCUCCGGGUGCUUGCCGUAACCAACGUCGUGGCCGACGCAUCCCACUUGUACGCCAUGGUCGUGAAUGCGGAAAACCACAAGCUCCUAGAAGCGACGGGAAUUCCGUCGGACCAUUUGGUGUGCUCGGACGAGAUCAAGCUUGGGCUCAUGGGUCUGAGCUGCCGGUGCCGCGGGCUAUCGACGCUGAUGGCAAACCUGAUCGGGUCGUUCGACAUGGAUGCGUUCGAUGCGGUCGUGCGCGAAAACGAAGAGAAGGGCAAUGUCGGGGCCGGUGACCAAGUGCCGCUCUGGGUCGAAGAGUACGUGACCGGUGCCGCGAAAGAGAUUUAUGCAUGCCAUGUCACUGCUCGAUUCCACGGCAUGUCGUUCCUCGAUGCGGCGCACACUGUGUUCCAAGACACGAACGGCCAGGUGCAGUUUCUGGCUGUGCAGGACGACCACGAGAUUGUGACGAACCCUGGCCACACGUUUGUGUUGACGGAGUCCACCAAGGUGUACAUGAUUGCCGAGUCGCUCAAGACGAUACAGCCGUUUGCUGCCGUUGGCCAAACCAUGCACACAUCCAAGUUGAUGGCACUGCUCAAGGUUCGCAAUCAACUCGUCAAAGCUGCCCACCGCGCUCGCCACACGGUCGAGAAGCGCAUCCCCAUGUCCGUCCGGGACUACAUUGGCCGCAUGGUGACACUAGAAAAGGCGUUGCCGCCCCCGCCCGCGCUCUUGGAUGUUGGGGGACAUAUCGUGAUUUGCAGCGGCCCGUCGGGUGACCAAACGAUUACGCGGCUGGUCAACUUUUUGCGGCCACUGCGCAAGGACCACGUCAUGGCGCCAGUCGCUGUUGUGAUCAUCCACCCGACCGAAUUCAAAGACAGCGCGUGGGCCCAGUUGAGUGUGUUUGGCAGCGUGUAUCAUUUGCAAGGGUCGCCGCAGAAGCACAGCUGCUUGGUCCGCGCCGGGAUUUACAAGGCGUCGGCCGUGAUCGUCCUGGACCAAGGGUCCGAGGAAGGGAAUUUGACGGAUUCUGAAGCGAUUUUCAAAACGAUGCUGAUCGACGCCGCGAUUCAGGACACGCCCCAGUUGGUCCACUGCGACCAGUUCUCGAUCAUCGAGCUCAAGGAGGAGCAUUUCAACAAGUAUUUGGACAUUCUGCACGGUAGCGGAAACGACAGCGCCUUCCCAAUUCCGCCGGUGGCGCCACCUCCACCAUCGUCGGCAGUCCCGUUACGCGCCAACUCGAUGAACUCGAUGCACACCACGAGCAAUCGAUCGGCCACUCCCAUGCUGUCCGAGACGCCGCUAAGUCCGCAACCCGUCAAGGUCGCGCUGUCUUCACUGCGCCCGACGCAAUCCCUGGCGCAGCAGCAAAUCCCGCAGUCGUCCCGGUCCCGCAGCUCCCGCGCGUCGCAAGCUUCGCGCAUCUCACAUGCCUCCCAAGCAACCGGUCGUAGGUUGAUGCUGCAGCGAAGCUACUCGAUGGACUUUACGCAAUGGGUGGCAGACAAGUGGUCGACGACUAAGGACAUUCUCGCCGAAAUCCGCACGGCGUUGUUCAAGAAUGAUCUGGCGCGCGACGCCACCGACAGCCGCGGCACCGCCAACAAGGCAUACGCCCUCAUGGAACAGUUCAACGUGGACGACGAGACGUUCUUCCAGGAGCGGUACAUCAGCGGUGGGCUCUUUCCGGCCUACGUCGCGGACGAGCUGCUCAUUCAAAGUUUUUACAACGCGUCGAUCAACAUGUUUAUGCGCCAUGUCCUGGACGGCAAGUCCAUCUUCAUGCUGUACGACAUCCCGGCGCAGUGGCGACACCUCCAACUUACGUAUGGCGAACUCGUGGAACGAAUGACGCGGCAGCAUUCCCAUGCUCUGCCCAUUGGGCUCCUCCGCGCGCCGUCGUUCCUCAAUGGCGCGGCCAAGCCGUACGUGUACACGUGCCCAUACGUCCACACGAUUUUGGACCCCCAUGACAAAGUCUUUGUCCUGAUCAACCACAGCGCGAUCCAUCGAGUCGCAAAGAAGUUGCAGCGCCGAUUUUCCGCACGGAGACGUUGGCGCCAUGCCACCGCAGAUGCUGCUUCCCAAGCGACACCACGCCACCGUCAUCCGUCCAGCGAUGAGUAACGGAUCGCUAACAUUGAACUUCACGUGCUGCUCCUUUGUAUUCACGGCACGAAGAAGAUCCGUGGACGUCGCGUCGCCGCAUGCUCCUGUCGCAUCUCCCCGCGACUCGUGUAUUUGAUUGAGAAGAUGUAAUUGGCAGGAUUCAAAAAAUGGCGAUAUUUUAC